GGCACACCGCGCAGACCAACAACAAAGACUGCCCCAAAGACAACAAUUGCGAAAAGCAAAACACGGUUUUUACGAUUUAUUGCUGUUCAGGGCAAUGCUCGAAAGCAAAUCUAGCCGACGACCAGAUACGCGUACUUUCGGCCAUUGGCAGGUGUUUUUCCGACGGCCGGCUGGAAAAUCAAUUCUUGGAAUUGCCAAGAACCAGCUCUAAAACAAAGAUACAUUUUGUUAUCUUUUUGCUACCGACGACCCGACUAGGAUGUGGAUUCAGCCGAAGGAACUGCUCCUGCCCUCGGCAUUCUGGAUUGCCGAGAUGCACUCGCGAUACUUUGUCCUGCAGAAGCGGCGCAGCCACGGCGAGUCACGCGGCUUCGGGUCCAUUCUGGUGGGCACCUACGACAGUAUGAUGAACACCAAGCCGCCGCCGUACCGCAUCCUCCAUCAGACGCCCUCGUCGGAGGUGUCUUACGAAAUCGCCAUUGGCAUCACCCAGGAUGAGAUAGUCAAGGACUGGGAAUGGCUGCAGGCCAAUCUGUUCAAAGUGCUGGACGAAAUGGAAAACGAGGACGAGGUGACCAACUUCACCAUAUGCAAAAUCCAAUCGCUCUACACGCAGAACAACCAAGAUAGCACCGGUGAAUCCGCCGACGUCAAGGUGAUGACCUCCCAGUUCAGGCAGAUUUUUAAAAUGCCGGAGGAGGAGCAGCUGGUUAACUCCUACUCGGCCACCUAUGUGAAGAACAAGAUCCCGCGUCAGGGACAGCUGUACAUUUCGAUGAACCACGUCUGCUUCUACUCGUACAUGCUGGGGCAGGAGAUAAAGCGCAUCAUACGCUGCGCUGAGCUCGAGGACAUCAGCCGCAAUGCCAACACCAUUUAUCUGAAGACCACCAACAACAUGACCUACAACUUUACAAUGCUCUUCAAUGCCAGGGAGGCGCAUCUCCUGAUCGAGCAGCUCAACAAAAUGGCCAUAAAGCAGUUGAUCCAUGACCCUGACAGCCCUGUCGUCGACCACGAUCCCUCCAACUUUGCCCGGCUGGGUAACAAGGUGUCCAAGAAGCCCGUGCUGCUGCGGGACUUGACGGCUCGCCAGAAGUCCGAGGAGUUCCGCAUCCACUUCCGGCUGCCGCAGUCGGAGAUAAUCGAUGGAAAGAUCAAGGCGAAUAUCUGGACGCCCUACUCGAAGCGAUUCAAUGCCGGCUACAUCUACCUGUCCCCGAACUUCUUCUGCUUUCGCAGCGACGUCAAGGAUUUGGUCAGUGUGGUUAUUCCCAUGAAGACCAUUAAGAGCGUGGAGAAGAAGGACGACGGCCAGCAAAGGUUCGACAAUCAAAUUGUUAUCAUUACAUCGGAGAACGUGCCUUUCAUGUUUGCCCAGAUCGUGGACAGGGAUGUGCUGAUCUCCAAGAUCACAGAUCUGCUGGCCCGCAUUCACAUUCCUGUGAGUCGGGAGCGCGCCAAGUACGACAUUUCGUGGAGCAAGCAGACGGCCCUGAUGAACACCUUCAAGACGCAGUUCAGCGCGGACAUCGUGCGCAAGCAGGAGGAGAAGAUGGUGCGCUGGGAGGCGCACUUCCGGGACUUUGGACGCGGCAUCGGCAUGUUCCGCACCACGGAUGUGAUCAACCUGAUUGUGGAGGGCAUUCCCGACCAGCUGCGCCAGGAGAUCUGGCUGAUCUUCUCGGGCGCCAUUCAUGACAAGGAAAUGAAUCCGGGUCUCUACGAGGAUCUUGUGGAGAAGGCGGCCUGCAUCAAGAACUGCUUUGCCCACGACGAGAUCGAUCGCGACCUGCCGCGCUCGCUGCCCGAGCAUCCGGCAUUCCAAAGCACAGACGGCAUCGGCGCCCUCCGACGAGUCCUGCAGGCCUACGCUCUGAGAAAUCCCCAGGUGGGCUACUGUCAGGCCAUGAACAUUGUGUCGUCGGUGUUCCUGCUCUUCUGCGACGAGGAGAACGCCUUCUGGAUGCUGGCCAGCCUGUGCGAGAAUCUGUUGCCGGACUACUACAAGGACAAGGUGGUGGGUGCCCAGAUUGACCAGGGCGUACUCAACGAGCUGGUGGAGACCCACCUGCCCGACCUGCACGGCCACCUGGAGAAGCUGGGCGUGAUCAAGAUGAUCUCCAUUUCCUGGUUCCUCACCAUCUUCAUGAGCGUGAUCAGCUACGAGAGCUCGCUGCACAUUCUCGACUGCUUCUUCUACGAGGGCGCCAAGAUCAUCUUCAUGAUCUCCCUCCAGAUCAUCGAGUGGAACCGGGACAAACUGCUGCGGUGUCAGGACGAUGGCGAGGCCAUGCUGGUGCUGCAGCACUACCUGGAGGGAAUCUACAAUCCGGAGUACCAGGUUCCACCCACCAAUGACAAGCGCAAAAUGGAGCGCACCCAGACCCAGACCGUGCAGACGCUCAUCCACGAGGCGUACACCAAGUUCGGCGAGGAGCUGACUCAUCAGCGCAUCGACGAACUGCGCAACAAGCACCGUCGGCUGACCAUGCGGCAGUUCGAUAUUGACAACGAGAAAACCAUUGUGAAGGCCUACGUCCAGAACCCGUACUUCAACCGCAGCGAGCUGCACAUGCUGCUCACCAUCAUUCGGGAGGAGAAGCACGCUCUGAAGUCGUUGCAGCAGCAGCAACAGAAGGCCCAGUGCCCGCUGUCGGAGAUGCCGCAGCUGCUGCCGCAGUCGCCCAGCAGGGCGGCCCAGGAUGCGGCCGCCUCUAUUGGCAGAUACGAGGCUUACUGCGUCAACUUUGAGGUGUUCCACACGCUUUUCACGGAGCUCACACCCUGGCGCAAGUGCGUCAGUGUGGACAUUGGCGAAAAGCUUUUCAGGCUCACGGAUAAGAAGGGCACUGGUAACCUUGACAUUGGUCAGCUCAUCAACGCCCUGGGCCUGGUCUGCUCCGCCAAGAGCAUGGAGAAGCUGAAGCUGCUCUUUGUCCUGCAUUUGCCGCCAUUGCUUUCCAAGGCAGAGAUUGAACGGUCGCGACGGCCACGUCCGCGCACCAAAGACGAUGCCGAGGAGGCCUUUGAGGCGGAAGAUUUCUUUGAUAACGACGCCUCGGAGUCGAUGGAGGCCUUGCCCUCGCCCUCGGAUCACAACUUUGACGCCGACGACUUUGCCCUGGUCAGUGCCACACAGCACCUGCAUAAUCUGGCUGGAAUCUCGGGCAAUACGUUCAUGGACUUGUCGCGCACCACGCCCAAUCUCUCGCUGAACUCAAACGCCUCCUCGUUGCUGCAGCGCAACUCGACAUUCUACGUGGACCUGCCGGCGGCACUCCAGGGUACUGCAACAUCAACAGAUGCUGGGCGGGACGAUGAGGGGCCCCUGCGAGGGCUUCGCCAGCAGGGACGUUACGAAUCGAUUGACACAUUUUCGGAUAUUUCAGAUCUGGGAGCGGCCCGCAUGACGCCGCCGGGAGCGGGAGCGGAUGCGGCAGCCGGUGCAGCCUCGGCUGCGGCCGCCGCCGAUCCACUGCUCUUGAAUGUCGAGACUAUAUCGAAUUUCUCACAGAUCAGCGACCUGGUCGCUGCCACGCGACUGGAGCGCGCCGACUCGAAUGCCACGGACUCGCGCAGUCUGGGCAGCCUCGGCUACCUGCUCGACCAGCCCGAUGAGGGGGCGUCCGGCUCGCAGCACAGCAUUCCGCACAUGCGUAAGGAGAAUUUCCAGCUGCUGUGGCGCAGCAUCAUAGAAAUCAUGGGUCUGGUGCAGGACGAGGAGAUGCAAAGAGCCUACGAGAACCUCCUGGAGCUGGGAAACAGCAACAUCAAGAAGGAGCCCAGCCUGGAGAGCUUCACCCAACUGAAUAUGGGGGGCAGUGGAGACGAGCAGCCGGAUAGCAAUGGUAAUCCCACCACACCCGCAGCGGAGCCCAGCAGCACCACCCGUCUCUUUGUGGCCCUCGAGGAGGAGCUGCGUCAGGCGGCUGGCGGAAAGGCCAGGACCGAGAGCAGCAGCAGCAGCAGCACAAACAUCUCCGAGUCCUGGCACAUAUCCAUCAGCCAGUUCAUUGCCACGGUCCUGAAUGUGAACAGCAUCGUCCGAGGCUUCCAGGCGCCCACCCAGAUCAGCGAGCAGAUCGAGCAGCUGCAGAAGAAGCGGCGCAAGUGCUUGUCCACCAACUACUGAACACCCGCAGUCCCCGAUUCCCCUACCCCCCUCCUAGCCACAAAUCUGUAUUAGCCAUAUAUGAGAGCCCGACCUUGAUCCUGGAUCCUUGUGCAAUGCGGCUGGCUUUUAAUCGUAUCCACGUUUUAUGUAUGUAUAUUGUAUUGCCUCUGCAGUAAGUUAAGACAAUUGUUUGUGAAUAUAAUUCUAUUAUUCCUAUUAUACAUUA